CUUUCACUCUGCAUCCUCACCUUCUCCUCCUCCUCUUCUUCUCCUACUUCCGGCAGACCGGUUCGCCUUGAUUCCGCCCCCCAGAGCUAGCCCUCUUUUUCUGAUUUUUUUCUUUCUUGUUCCUCCUCUACUUUGCAUUCUAACUCAAACCUCGCACCUGGUAGUGUAAGGUACCCCCUACCCGCCUGUACAGAGAACAGCGAGCGUACUGUGUACGUAUCAGACGGCGACCAUUGCACCCGAGAAAGUCUAGGUUCCCGCUGCUUCGGCCACUGCAACCACCGCCACAGAGUCAACCUUGAAAACAGGGAUUCCCUCUCUCUCAGUCUCCCACGUACACGCGCACGCGCACACGCACACGCACCACACCACACAGUGCACUGCGAGAGUGAAAAGGACUGAUAUCAUUCCUUUCCGGCUCCGUCCCUCCUCAGCUCAGCUAUCCGUACUCCGGCACAAACAAACGGUGUACCCUCUAGGCCCACCCCACCACCACCACCACCACCGCCUUUACCCCCAAGCUACAUACACUACGAUACCCUUUACUACUCUUGACCUGACCUGUCCGCCCUUGGCCCUUGGCCUUGACAUUUGACUUUCCAUCAACUUACACUACGAUAUCUAUCUAUCUGGACCCUGGUGGCCGUCUCUUCCACCACUUCAGUUCCAUUUCCUCCUCAACCUCCAGUCUCUCGCCAUACCACGAUACUCCAUUCAACCCAACGCCCACUAACUCACAUCGCAUACCAUCAGCCCGCGACGUCUCACGACAACACACGACGAACGACUUGCACUACUCAUCGCCACCGAAUUUUCGUCUUCCCUUCCUUGCGAUCUUUCUGCGUGCCGUUCCAACGUCGUCCAACUCUUGUAUGCGCGGUGGAGAAGCCUUGAUCGACCCAGCUCAACCACAACACAAGGACGCGCCCAUUUCCCUGCUCACUCCCACACUCCCUGAGGUUGACGUCCCCCCCUUUUCUACCCACCUGGUCCCGUUCUUUGUUCGUUGGUCCGCCUCAUCCCAACGCCUCUACCGCAACCGUUCAGAAGUAUCGUCGUGUCGACCAUCAUUCUUUUGUCGGUCGCCGUAGCGAUCGAUCCCACGUCAGGCACACUUACGAUCCAGGUGUGACGUGACACCCUGUGUUUUAUUGACUCAACCUGAGAAAACGGACUUGUCAAACUCGGAGCUGCACUACAACGGUCACCGGGCACCAUUCACAACCCCCUCAUUCUUCUGAUCAGCUGCAAGUAGAAGGAGACCCGAGAGCUCGACCGAUCAACUUUCGCACCUCUGACGCAUACGCGGGUUUAAACCACUUCUACCAGUGACGUUGUGUUUCGUCUUGAGAGAAACACAGAACACGAACACAGGAAACUGCCGCACAUCUAUCGACCUUGUUUGGCUGAACAAGACCGUUCCGAUUCAACUGCGCCUAUGCCUUCAUCACCACAGUCUAUCUCACUCAGAUAAUCAUCAUGUUUCUCCACUCGGGCGCCAGCUUGCAUGGCCACGAGUAUUCUAACAAGCCCUCCACCAAUGGUCCCCAGCCUGCGCGCAGACGGAUCCUUCUUCGUUCCUCAUUAGGUGCAUCACCCCUACCGCGAGCAUCUUUUUCUGCCGACGACACCGAAUCCGCCACCCAGAUCAUCAACCGCCGUCUGUCAUUACAGGGACCCUCGCCCUCUCCUCGGCCGAGUGUGCGCAGGAACCGGCCUGUUUCUGACCUUCUGCCACGGAAGGACCUUGUCGUGCGAUUCGAGGAAGAGCCCACCGUCGUGGUCGAGGAUUCGCACGGCCUCGAUGGUGUCAGCGAGGACGAGGGCAGCCUGGUGUCGGAGGUGAGCGACACGAGCACCGUCAUCAGGUCCAAGAGGUCGAGGAGGGCCGCAAGGCAAUGCACAAACUAUCUCCUGGCCUACCCGCCGCCGAAGCUACGCACAAAACAACGCCGAUUCGUUCAGAUCCGUCCGCGGCUGCUGCUCCAGCUGCAACAACUAUCCAGCGACAAGCGACCCAUGCCGGCCAUUGACGUCCUCCCUUCGAGCAUGAUUGCUGGCACCGUUAUCCUGCCCCGCCUGGCACGCCGAUUCCCCAAGAUGUUCAGGGUCAAGGGACAGCUGGGUAUGAACGGUCUCAUCUUGGCCAAAAGCGAGGACUACGACACGCCCGCCGACGACUCGGACGGCGACGAGAAGGAUCUGGACAAGAGAGAUCUGGUGGCUGUCAUCUCGCCCGUGGCGCGCAGAGAAGGCGAGAGGAGGGACUCAUCGGACCAGACGGAAAUUGUUCUCGCCGAUGGCUCAGUGUGGACGGCCACUCAGACGAGCAACGGAUCGUACGACUUUGUGCACGUCGAUGACGCAGGUCACGCGACGACGGCGAGAUGGGUUAGACGGAACGCUAGGCCGCUGCCCACCGCUACCUGCACGGCCGUCUCGACACCUGCGCCAGCCUCGGAAUACAAGUUCACCUUCAGCAUUCUCGACCCCGAGCUUCGGCGACAUCCCGUCAUGGCAACUUUGACGCCGACGAACCUCGAGAUCCUCGACAACUACACAACGGUGUCACAAUCGUCUGGUCGCUACCCUCCAACGAGACCCCUCAGCACAGACCACAGUGGCGGCAACGAACCUUCAUCCCCUCCAUCGCCAGCCCUGGCAACGACGAAACGCGAAACCCACCCUGUCGACGAAACCACGCGAAUCCUCAUCGCCGUAACUUCGGUCUGGGUGUCCCUUCGUCAUGGCCAAGGCUGGGCCUCUACCCCGUCGCCGCCGGCUUCUGCCAGCUCCCGCCCCGUGCACUCGCGCACCGUAAGUGGUAACAGCUUGUGCCAGACCCGAGCCUCAACCUUUCCGGUGACGUCAACAGAAAUGAGCCAGAUCACCUCACCACCUCUGGCGCAGCAGCAGGUCAUGGCCCAGCUGGCACCAGUGAUGCCCAAAAGGACAUUUUCAUCUGGCGCGGCCUUCAUGCACCGGCGACAGACCAAACUUGAAGGCGAGGCCGUCACGACCGACCAUGCCGCCUUUGCGGACGAUAUGGGCAAACUUGAGAAGGUACUCGAGCCCGUACCUAUGAAGAGGACGUUGUCAAGGAGAAUCCGCGACUGGGGUCACCGCUUGACAUCGCGGAAGACAGCAGCUGCUUGAAAAACAGAAACCGCAAAAGACAAGAAAUACGGAAACAGUACAUAGGAAACCGCGCGCAUAGACGCAGAAACAGGACCCAAAGUGGGCAGACCCCCAGCACACCAUUUGUAGCUGUAUUAUUAUCCCCAAGCAUAGGUAUACCCAGAUAUUCAAUUUUUCAAAACUAUUC